CAACUACGAUGCACGGGAGGAUGGACAGAUGAGGAAUAUAAAGCUUUGAUAGGCAUUUCAGUUAUCAGCGUCUUUUUAGCCUUUAACGCUAUUCUUGGCAAUACCCUGAUCCUUGUCGCACUUCACAAAGAAACUGUCCUGUAUCAACCGUCCAAAUUCUUGUAUAGGUGUCUGGCAACAACAGAUCUUUGCGCUGGUCUUAUAUUGGAGCCGGUUGCAACUGUUUAUCGGUUUUCUCUCAUUCACGAAGAUUGGAAACUCUGUCGCUAUGCAGUGACCACGCGUUUUAUGGUAGGUUUUCCUCUAUUUUCAGUCUCUCUGUUUACAGUUACCGCCAUAAGUGUAGACAGACUUCUUGCUUUGUUACUGGGGUUGAGGUACAAACAUGUUGUUACUUUAAAGCGAACAUAUGUCUUCGUGAUCAUCAUUUGGGUUGUGGCCACAGUCACCGCGAAUUCCUACUUUGUGAAUCCCCAAGUAAUCAUCUGGCAUAACUACAUCGUUACACCAUUUUGUAUUAUGACAGCAACGUUCUCGUACACAACUAUUUUCCUUUCUCUCCGUCGUCACCAGAAUCAAAUGCAAGUUAAUGAACCGCAACAACCGGGCCAGCAAGUCUCCCUGAAUAUGAUGCGAUACAGGAAAGCGGUAUACAGUGCAUUAUGGGUGCAGGUGGCACUCGUACUUUGCUUUCUACCGUAUAGCAUUACAACAGUCAACCUUACUACAGAAAAAUUGUCUACGUUUGACUUGAUUGUCUUAGAAUGUGUUGUAACUCUGGUUAAGUUAAACUCUACGCUUAACCCUUUCCUUUACUGUUGGAAAAUUAGUGAGGUGAGACAAGAAGUGAAGGCGACAAUUAGACAAGCACUUUGCUGCCCAUCAGAGGUUUAA